UGCUUCUGGCGCCCGGACCCUCCAGCACCCGCGCGGGGCCGGCACUGCGGGAAGAUGCUGCGCGAGCGGACGGUGCGGCUGCAGUACGGGAGCCGCGUGGAGGCCGUGUACGUGCUGGGCACGCACCUCUGGACCGACGUCUACAGGAGCCCCUAUCGUCGGGCCCGGGUCACAGAGGCCCUGCAUGGUGGCUUCUGCAGAUUCACGCUCACCACAGUGGCCACCCAGGGCUCUACCCACCAGACGGUCACUGUCAGCUACUAUGAGCAGGAGGGAAACAGCCCCAUCGACCAGGCUGGGCUCUUCCUUACAGCUAUCGAGCUCUCCCUGGAUGUGGACGCAGACCGGGACGGCGUGGUCGAGAAGAACAACCCAAAAAAGGCGUCCUGGACCUGGGGCCCCGAGGGCCAGGGAGCCAUCCUGCUGGUGAACUGUGACCGGGAGGUGCCCUGGUUGUCCAAGGAGGACUGCAAGGACAACAAAGUCUACAGCAAGAACGACCUCAAGGACAUGUCGCAGAUGAUCCUGCGGACCAAAGGGCCCGACCGCCUCCCCGCGGGAUACGAGAUCGUCCUCUACAUUUCCAUGGCGGACUCGGACAGAGUGGGCGUGUUCUACGUGGAGAACCCGUUCUUCGGCCAGCGUUACAUCCACAUCCUGGGCCGGCAGAAGCUCUACCACGUGGUCAAGUACACGGGCGGCUCGGCGGAGCUGCUGUUCUUCGUGGAAGGCCUACGGUUCCCCGACGAGGGCUUCCCAGGCCUGGUCUCCAUCCACGUCAGCCUGCUGGAGUAUAUGAGCGAGGACAUUCCGCUGACACCCAUCUUCACGGACACCGUGGUGUUCCGGAUUGCUCCGUGGAUCAUGACCCCCAACAUCCUGCCUCCCGUGUCCGUGUAUGUGUGCUGCAUGAAGGACAAUUACCUGUUCCUGAAAGAGGUGAAGAACCUGGUCGAGAAAACCAACUGCGAGCUGAAGGUCUGCUUCCAGUACAUAAACCGGGGCGACCGCUGGAUCCAGGAUGAAAUCGAGUUUGGCUACAUCGAGGCCCCCCACAAAGGCUUCCCCGUGGUGCUGGACUCCCCCCGAGACGGAAACCUGAAGGAGUUCCCAGUGAAGCAGCUCCUGGGCCCAGAUUUCGGCUACGUGGCCCGGGAGCCCCUCUUUGAGCCUGUCACCAGCCUCGAUUCCUUUGGGAACCUGGAGGUCAGUCCCCCAGUGACCGUGAAUGGCAAGACAUACCCCCUGGGCCGGAUCCUCAUCGGGAGCAGCUUUCCUCUAUGCCGCCCCCCCACCCACCCUCCAGUCAAUGAAAAGGCAGAGCCUCCCUUGGUCAGGGCAGUUGCUGGGGAGGUAGCAAGCUUGGGCGGGAUGAGCAGCAAGCGAAUCACCAUCAACAAGAUUCUGUCCAAUGAGAGCCUGGUGCAGGAGAACCAGUACUUCCAGCGCUGCCUGGACUGGAACCGUGACAUCCUCAAGAAGGAGCUGGGGCUGACGGAGCAGGACAUCAUCGACCUGCCUGCUCUGUUCAAGAUGGACGAGGACCGCCAGGCCAUAGCCUACUUCCCAAACAUGGUGAACAUGAUUGUGCUCGACAAGGACCUGGGCAUCCCCAAGCCGUUCGGGCCCCAGAUCGAGGAGGUGUGCUGCCUGGAGACACACGUGCGCUCGCUGCUGGAGCCCCUGGGCCUCUGCUGCACCUUCGUGGACGACAUUUCCGCCUACCACAAGUUCCUGGGAGAGAUCCACUGUGGCACCAACGUCCGCAGGAAGCCCUUCGCCUUCAAGUGGUGGCACAUGGUGCCCUGACCGGCAGCGGGCGCUGUGUGCCAGUCUCAGCCCACCAGGAAGCGGUGUUGCGGCUAGGCCGGCCCUGUGGUUCUCAUGAGGGCAAGAAGCCCCUCAGCCAUAAGCAUCAAGAAACUUGGAAAAAGCAAAACAAAAAAGUUUAUUACUUACAGGACCCUAGAAAUUACACAGCACACCCUGGGGCCACAUGGCCAAGGUCGUGGGGCGAGAGAGCGUACGGACCCUGGGGUUCUGCCUUUUAUUUGGGGUCGAGGGUGGGGGCCUAGGGUUUCCCCAGGCUCACUCUUCAUUGGCAAAUUUAAAACAUAAGAGGGGGAUGUUAAAGCACAGAAGAGGAAAAGCCAGCUGCCCAAAUGGUCAGUUAUCAAAGUCAACCAAGAUCUCUAAGAGAAAGGAGCCUCUAAGACAGUG